UUCAUUAUAUAUAUAAUAAAAUAUAAUUCAUUUUGGAUUAACUCCGAUAAUGUAAGACUUUUGUUGGAGAGACUACAAGAAAUCUGUAACGAGCUAAAAGAUGAGAACGAAAUCAACAUUAUGGAAGAAUAUGGAAACAAUACGAAACGUUAUACUAUUAUAAUUAUAUUUUUUACCAUAUGCUCCGUAUCUAUCAUUACUACAACGCCACUUUUGAUGCCGGUGCUUAAUAUUAUUUUAUAUACAAAUAAAUCUGAGUCAUAUCAAAUACAUGUCAUGACUGAAUACUUUAUCGAUCAAGAAAAAUAUUCCUAUUUAAUUUUGUUACACCUCAAUAUAAUUGUAUGUAUAGGGGCGGCUACAAUAACAGCAACAGGUACAAUGCUUAGAGGAUGUCUCAUACAUGCUUGUGGAAUGUUUAAAAUUGCCAGUUAUCGCAUUGAGCAAGCAAUGACAAUGAAGUUCAAAAAGAUUAGUACAAAUAACGAGAUUAUGAUUUACAAGAAAAUAGGUUGUGCCAUCGACAUCCAUCGUAAAGCUAUGAAGUAUUCUGAAUUUUUAUUAUCCAGUUUUGAAGGAUCAUUCGCUUCAUUAAUAUUAGUCGGUGUGAUUUCGUUGAGUCUCAAUCUUUUUUCAAUUUUCCAGACUGCAUCGCUUGGAAAUAAUGAGGAAUGCAUACUGCAUAUUGUUAUUUUGUCUCUGAUUCUUUUGUACAUGUUCUUAGCUAAUUAUGUCGGACAAGAAGUUACAGACCACAAUAAUUACGUACAUACUACUGCAUAUAAUGUUGGAUGGUAUGUAGCACCCAUACACACGCAAAAAUUAAUACUCUUUAUACUGCAAAAAGGUAGCAAAGUUUUUGUUUUGAAUGUCGGCAAACUAUUUGGUGUGUCGUUAGAGUGUUUUGCCGUGUUAAUAAAAGCAUCGAUGUCUUAUUUCACUUUUAUGUAUUCUAUGCAAUAAAACAGAUAUAUUAUUUGACUCAACAGGCUGUG